GCUUUUGCAUCCGGCUCAGGCUGGGCAUAAAGGAGGCUGCUGUAGGCCCUCGGGGGGGGGCAUUCGUGAGAACCAUGCAUGCUCAGAGCGAAGGCCUCUUCCUGGGGCAGUGGGCAUUGGUGCUGCUCUUGCUUAUGCCUCCAGCCUUUGCUCAGAGCCUCAGCUACCAGGAUGCUGUGCUCCGGGCUGUGGACAGCUUCAACCAGAGGUCACUGGAUACCAAUGCCUACCGCCUUCUGGCCCUGGACUCCCAGCCCCAAGGGGAGGAAGACCCAGAUAGCCCAAAGCCUGUGAGCUUUACCAUGAAGGAGACAGUGUGUCCCAAGAGAUCAAGGCAGGCCCUGGAGCAGUGUGACUUCAAGGAGAAUGGGCUGGUGAGGUGGUGUGUGGGGACUGUCACUAUGGACCAGGGCAGUGACUCUGACCUCGACUGUAAUUUGAUGCCUCAACCUGUCCACAAAUUCUCCAGGCUGGGUAAAUUUCUCCGAAAAGGUGGGAAGAAGAUUGGUAAAAAGCUUGAGAAACUUGGCCAGAAAAUCAAGGAUUUUUUUCACAAGUUUGCACCCAAGGGAGAGCCUCCGGAGCCUUAGGGUAUACGCAGCCUGACUCUGAAAAAUAAAUAUUGUGAAAGUAA